GCUGGCACGAUUGAGAUUUCUCAAGAGAGUUACAGAAGGAGUGUCCUCGAGAGAUUCAAUGUCGUUAGCACCAGCUCGAUCCCCGCUCCCCCACUGUUGUCAACAGGUCCGUGAUGGAGAAUGAGGAGGCGGGAGAUGUGCCGUUCCGUGAGGUGGUGGGAUGCCUAAUGUGGAUCGCCUGCCAGACGAGACCCGACAUCUCUAAUGCUGUGCGGGCUGUGGCAAGACACUCCCACGAGCCGAAGUUAAGCCACUGGAAGGCAGCUCAGAAGAUCCUGAAUUAUCUUCUGGGCACGGCACAUCUUAGUCUAAACUUCAAGCGGGAUAGUUCGGUAGACGUAGGGACUUUGGUGUACGUAGCUGCCGACUUUGCCAGCAAGGCCACUGACCGUAGAUCCGUUUCUGGAGCGUUGGUUUUUGUGGCCGGAAUGCUUGUCGUUUGGACUUCCAGGACGCAGAAAUGCGUCGCUCAGUCGACUUCGGAAGCAGAGUACCUAGCGAUGGGUGAUGGUGUAAAGGAGGCUCUGUUUGAAGACGGAAUGCUUCAGUUCUUGAGGCCUAGUGAGAAGUCUCGUGAGAUUAAGGUACUAGAGGACAACGAGGGAGCGAUUGCGCUUGCUGAUAAUCCGCUUAGCUCGGGGAGACGUAAGCACAUCGACGUAAGGCACCACUUUCUUCGGAGCUUGACUGAGGAGGGUAGGAUCAAGAUCUCGCAUGUUAGCAGUAAGGAGCAACAUGCAGACAUUCUCACGAAAGCUUUGCCGCGAGAGCUUUUCGAAGUUCACCGUAACUUUGUGCUUGGCUUGAGCGAGAAGUAGAAGUCGGAGGUCGUUGUUAUUCGUCAAAGAAUUGUUGGUCUGAAGGAUACAGCAGCCCCUAGGGAGGGUGUUCGUGGUAGCGGCAGGUGUAUCGACUCAAUGGCGGGGUAUAUCUGAUUGGACGACUUGACUAGCGGGACUGUCGUUGGAAGGUUACUCCGGUUCUGCAGGUUCCGCUGUGGAACAUUCGUAUAUAAGUAUCUGUCGAGCAAUCUGUUGGUGGUUUGUGCUUUCCUCCGAUGUAUUUGUGGCUCGUAGGAAGAGUACAACUACCCGUGAUCGGGGAAUCGGGAUAGUGUGAUGUGAUUCGUGAUCGAGUUGUCGGGGUAUUGCAACCGGGCAGAUAGGGGUGCUGCACGCCCUCACCUUGCCCACUCCCAUUCCAAACCAAAUAAUAAGACCAAGUCUCAACUAUCCAACAACCUUCUCUCUACAAGCCACGAGUUUACCAA